UUCGGCAACUUCGAAGCAAGGAUGGUUGAUACAACGAAAAGUCUGUGGUCCAGGAUAAUGGAGGGAGGAAGCGACAACUUGCUUAACAUCGGUGGUGAAAAACGUACCUGUCCCUACGACCGAAAGAGCUGUACUACCAAGUUAAUGGAUGGCAACGCCAAGCAUGAAUCCAACAAAAGUUCGGCGGCGCAGUGUCAUCCUGGAUGUCCGGAGCCCAAGAGGCCUUUGCAGCCCGAAGAGUUUUGCCCGGAUAUCGGCAAACCGAAGCCGCCAGAGUGCUGCUUUAUCCGUAUGCAGGAUCCCUGCGCGCCAUGCUGCUGUCCGCCUCCUCCGCAAUGCGAAGAUGAGUGUCACCGCGGACCAAAGAGGGAUCCGAUUUGCGGCUGCGAUUUGUGCAAGAAGAAACAAUGCCCAGAUGGGAAAUGUUGCGGUCCGAAAGAACCGAGCUGCCAGAAAGGUGUCAAAGAUCCGAACAACCUCGAGAAAGCUUGAGAGGUCAGAGAUUA